AUUGAAUCAUAUUAAAACUUUAAAAUAUACUAAACCUAUAAUACGAUUAAAUGGCUCCUAUUGGCUCCCCUACUUAUAGGCCUCCAGAGUUCUACGGCAAACAAUGCCAGCAAUAACGCUUCUACUUAUCGAGGAGCCUUCUAUAGACAGCAGCAUCUAACAUGGUUUCAAGGAAGAAGUCUACAAAUGACUCCAUUCUUCGAAUCCCAUCUAAAAAAUUAUUCCUUCAUUAUAAGCAGCGCUAGGCACCCCGAACAAUAGAGACAGUUGAGAGAUGAUUCUGUUGCAACUUGGAUAUUUAAUAUGACUCCUAAUGCUGAAAGAGAUGCACCCGUAUUACACGAGCUAAUAUUAUUUGUAGAUAUCUCAAAAAUACCAAUAAUAAAGGAGGAAAAUUUUAGCUUCGAAGUGUGAAUAAAUAUAUAUCCGCAAAAUAAUAGUCUCAAAUCAUCUUAUCACGAGUAUAAUGUAACGGAUAUAAAAGUUGAAAGGAAUUGCAUAGUGAUAAACCUACAAACCUUAUUAGAACAGAUCCAAAAUUUAUAAGACAAAUCAAACGAACAAGCUUAUAAAAUUGUCAAUUCCUUCAAAGAAAAUAACAAUGGCAAACGACUCAUUUUGUCUUGGAGCAGAUACAGAGCUCUUGAUUGUCAUUCAUUACAAUAUUGAUAUAAAAUCUCAUAUAAGAGAUAAACAGAUACCGUAUAGGGGUAAAAUGGUCCAAAAACGUACCGAUCCCGAAACACGUGAAUUCGAUUUGGAGCCUUAUCCUUUGAACAAAAAUUUUUACUCCUAUAACCAGGCUAAGUCAGUGGCUUGCGGGUUAAAGUUGAUCAAGAUAACCUGGCAUAGCGAAGUAUUAUCCAAUUAUUUGCAUCCCAAUCCUCUUACCAUCAAUAGAUGCAUAGAAGAAGGUCCAGAGUCGAUAUCCUCGAUGAUCAAUCCUAUUCGAGAAGAUGCUGAUUUUGAAUCGAUAAGUAGAAAUGAAGAGAUUGUGACUUCUGUAAUUAAUCAUGAACAAGAAGAUGGAGGUGCUGUGGGGAUUUCUGGGAUCCUUGAAGAAGGUCCGGAGUCGAUAUCCUCGAUGAUCAAUCCUAUUCGAGAAGAUGCUGAUUUUGAAUCGAUAAGUAGAAAUGAAGAGAUUGUGACUUCUGUGAUUAAUCAUGAACAAGAAGAUGGAGGUGCUGUCGGGAUUUCUGGGAUCCUUGAAGAAGGUCCGGAGUCGAUAUCCUCGAUGAUCAAUCCUAUUCGAGAAGAUGCUGAUUUUGAAUCGAUGGGUAGAAAUGAAGAGAUUGUGACUUCUGUGAUUAAUCAUGAACAAGAUGAUGGAGAGGAUGAUCUCCAUGUUUUAACAUUUUUGGACGAAAGUUUUAUAGAUGAAGAAGUUGUAAUCGAUAUCUCCAUUGCAGCUGAUAGCUCUGUAACUUUACCAAUAUCAGUUAAUAACAUUCAAUUCUCAUAUUUAAAUGUAGAACAGCCAUAUAAUUUUAUUAUUUCCCCAAAAAAACCAAACGUAAAACAUAAUCAAGUUAUGCGUAUUAGAAAAAUGGAUCCUCUCGUUCAACUCUAUUCUAAUACUCUACCAACAUUUCUAUCUGUCAAAACUAUUAUGAAUCGUGUUAUUAAAUCAUUGAGACCACCUUUGCCUCUUAUAAAUUCUGAUAUACGAUUAUACGGGGAUUAUAAAUUAACACUUGAUAAUAAGACUUUUUUAAUUUGUAAUGACUAA